AUGCUCCGACUGAAGUAUCACCGCACGCUGAGCGGCCUGGUUGAUGCGUUGGCCGGCCUGCGCGCCUCCACGCCGGAACUCAACUCGGCCGCCAGCCCCUUCGUUGGGCUGCUGGUGAAUGCCCGCCUCGCGCCGGGCAACGCCCAGCUGGCCGGGCCGGUUCUCUAUCAGAUGCUGAAUGAGGCCCGCGCCCCGGGGACCCGGCCGAUCCGGGUGUUCGGUGGCCUGGUGGACGGCCUGCAAGUGGUCACUGGCCCGGAGGCCGAGCAAGUGGGCGCGGUGGCUCUCAUCGGGGGCCAGGGGGCCCCUUUUUACAGUCGCCUGGAAGGCAUCACAGCCAAGCAGGUGGGCAAAUGGGCCUCAAAUCAGCAGCCGGACUUGAGCCUCGGCGGGAUUUUCCCCGGACCUGGGCAGCCGGGCAAUGGGCCGCCGGUCCCGGGCCUGGCAGCUUUGCGUGCGGACACCCCCACCCAGCGGGUGGAUUUGCCCACCGACCUGGCGAGCAGCCUCACCGGGCCCGGGGGAAGCAUCUUCCUCCUGGGCGAUCGGCACCUCGAGCACUUCCUCCGCGCGAUGCAGGGCCCGGAAGCGGUCAGCCCUCCUGGCUGGUCGGUGUCCGGCGCCGUGGCCGCGGCCACGCCCUUUGUCACGGGGCUCCCCUGGUCGAUGUUCAUGGAUGAGCAGGUACUCGGCGAGGGGGGCGUUGUUGGGGUGGCCCUGCCGGCGGAUGGUGCCGUGGCCGCCGAAUCCCCAGCCACCAUCCGCCCCCUGCGCCCGAUCUCGGCCGUGUACCGGAUUGCCCGCUGCAGUGGCAACAUCUUGGUUGAUCUGGCUGUGGAGGAUGCCAUCGAUGGCUCGGUGGCCGAUGACCCGGAUGCCUGGGACACGGUCACCCCGGCCGAGGCCCUUCUCGAGGGUCUGAAGCAGCAUCUUCCCCCGACGGAUCCGUUCUUCGCCUCCGCGCCCAUGUCCUUUGCCGGCCAGUCUGGCAUCGAUCGCCGCCACCUGCCGGCUGCUUCGUCUGUGGCCGAGGCGGCCACCGGCCAGGCGCCGGGGUCUGUCCGUGGCGAGCGCCACAUCUUUGCCGCGGUGGAGGUGGCCGCGACGUCCAAGGCGCCUGGCAAUGGGUCGGCCCUUGACUUGACCCGAUGCCGGGUGUAUUCGGUGACUGGGGGUGAUCCCUCACGCGGCCAGGUGGGUCUGGAUACGAUUGACCGCUUGCAUGCGGAUGCCCGGGUCCAGUUCUUCACCUAUUCCUCGGGGCUUGCGGGCGCCGAGCCUGGCAACGAGGCGGCGGCCGAUGCGUUUGCCAUGUCCGAUGCGGUGGCCUCGCUGCAGCUUGACAUGCCUGCCUCCAUGGCACUGGCCGGCAUCGAAUCCUCCGAGGCCGAUGUCAUGGAAUCUGGCGACUUGACUGCGCAUGCGCCCUCGCGGACAACCUUCACCGGAGCUCCCGGCCAGCCGGUGGUCGUGGUCGAGAGCACUGGCGGUGUGGUUGCCCGCCCGGCUGUUGGUCGCCCGGAGGCCGGAGCCUUCGUCCUCAAGGGGAUGGCCUGCGUGGUGAAGCCUGCCCUUGGACCGGCUUGCGUGGAGGAGAUGAGUGAGAUGAAGGCGUGA